AUGAUGCCUUUCAUCGCAGUCCUCCUGGCUGUCUUCUAUGCCACGUUGGCGCUGGGCGAUUCGUGCCCAGUCAUCACCCAACAGCUCAGUGAUCCACCUUAUGAGAACUACUUCUACUCUGACUGCAAUACCGACGCCCAAGUCGUUGUGACAAGUCCUCUUCCAGAUAGUAACUUGUCCAUCAUCGGACCUCGACUCAUUGUUGCGUGGCCUGCGGGGAACAGUGGUAUAUGCACUUUCUUCCAACCUCAAGACGAGAAGAAUGGGACUCUAGCUAUUGCGCUGGUCAAUUCGACUCUCGGAUCGCCACUCGGUGUGGUCAAUCACGAAGAAAAGGGUUCAGAUUAUCCUUACGUUGGAGUGGAGGGCGUUUUGUCGUUCAACUCGUCGGCGAAUCUCACGGUUUCCAUUCUGGGUUCGAUCCGGAACAUAAGGGAUUUUACAGAAGGGCCGAGUAUCAUUAAUCCAGCCAUUCAAAACGCCACAAACGUCACGAGAGUGAAGAAUGGUGGUGUCCUUAUAUCGAGAUUGUGGUUGGACAAUGUGACGACGACGAACCUGUGGCUGGAGCCAUGGCAGAACAAGGAUAUCAGCCUGUCAAUUUAUAAUGACACUGUUAGCUUUGGAGCAGGCUUCUACAAGUUCUCGGCAUCAUUCAAUUAUCCCCAACUGAAACAGCUAUCUCCCCAACAGGUCCUCAACAACCAGUCACAAUCGCUCGCCAAGAAAGAACAGUCGGAGGUCAGGUCGUUGUCCUUCUUCUCGUAUACCGACAAGCUGCUCGCAGGUGGCUGGCGUUUCUUGACGUACUUUGGCCGCGACACUAUGAUCUCCGCGCUUUUACUCGAGCCCGUUCUCAGUGCGGGGAAUAGCUCAGCUUUGGAAGCAGUGAUCGGGGCAGUGUUAGAACGGAUCAAUCGCACGGACGGAUCUGUCUGCCAUGAAGAGACCAUCGGUGACUACGCGACGCUUCUUAACUUGCAGAACGGUAUUUAUUCGACAGCACCGGGCUUUACAUAUCCCAUGAUUGAUACAGACUACUUCUUGCCAGUCCUCAUGGAUCGAUAUUUCAGCGCUACACCAAAGCGAGUCAAAUCAUUGCUGGGCACAAAGGCUGGCAACGUUGACGUCGAGAACUGGAAUCUGACAUGGGGCAAUUUGAGCUACAUCAACGCACAGAAGAUCAUGAACAUCACAGCGGCGUUUGAGAAAGAACAGUCAGUGAAGAAUUUGAUCCAGCUCAAGAAGGGUGAGCUGGUUGGGCAAUGGAGAGACUCGACAUAUGGUCUUGCCAAUGGUCGGAUACCCUUCGACGUGAACUGUGCUCUCGUUCCUGCAGCACUCUACGCUAUUUCCAACUUGGCCAAGGUUGAAGGAGUAUAUCCCAAUAAUUCUGUGACCAGGGGCUGGGACUCUAGUGCGGCGAAGAGGGCUAAGAUCUGGGAGGACAAUACCUUGCCGUUGUUCCAGUAUAAUCUCACUGCUGAGACGGCUACAUCAAAUUUGAAGGACUACUUGAAAGAAAACACCUUCUACAACGGAUCAAUCCAUGAAGAUUCAGUUGCUAACUACUCAUCUUCUGGGAAAGUCGUUGACUACGCUCUGGCCAUAAAUACCACCAAGGAUGAGGAGAAGAUACGCAUCACACAUACUGACACGGCAUUCCGUCUGUUUCUUCUCAACUCAACCCAAGAUUCUCAGCUCACGACCUUCUUGAAUGCAACAGCCAACGCCAUCCUCCGUCCAUUCCCAGCCGGGCUCAGUACCCCUCUCGGCAUCGUGGUGGCAAACCCAGCAGUAGCAGGCAAUAAGGUCUUCACCGCCAACUUCACCAACGCCGCAUAUCAUGGCACAGUGGUGUGGAGCUGGCAGCUCGCCCUCAUGGCUAAAGGUCUCGAGCGUCAGCUUGCACGAUGUUCAUCGUCCCAGUCUAAAGAUGACGAUAAUGUUCCUGCGUUUUGCAGCAAUACCGAUGUAUAUACAGCUUUGAAGAGUGCAUACAAUCGUCUGUGGGAUAUAAUUGAGGAUAAUAAUGAGAGGUUGCAGUCAGAAGUCUGGAGCUGGAGCUAUGAUUCGAAGAGUGGUUACAAGUUCGCGCCUCUAGGAACGUUGCCGCCUCCACCAGGACUGAGCUCUGGCACGGAGAGCAAUGUGAGGCAGUUGUGGAGUUUGACGUUUUUGGCUGUGAAGAGGAACAAGGACUUUGCUUGA